AUGUUCUACAAGCUGGCCAGACCCUACAUCUCAAAUGCAGCCCAUACCUGGUCUGUGCCCGAAACGGUGAACAGGGAGAACAAGAGGCUGAGUAUAACCAGUUCUGCUUGUGGAAAGAAUAGCAAACAGUUCUGCUCUAUUCUGACCUUGAACAAGGUUCAGGCAAACCACACUGGCUUGUAUAGCUGCAAAUAUAUAUCUAUUCCUGCUUCAAAGAAUAAGAGAAGAGAAACUUCAAUCUAUAUAUUUAUUAAUGAUAUUAAUAGACCUUUUGUAGAAAUGCACAGUGAACUACCUGAACUAAUAUACAUGACUGAAGGAAAGAAGCUCAUCAUUCCCUGUCGGGUCUCAUCACCCAACCUUACUGUUACUCUAAAAAAGUUUCCUAUGGAGACUCUCAUCCCUGAUGGGAAAAGAAUAACCUGGGACAGCAGGAAAGGUUUUAUAAUAGCAAGUGCCAGUUACAAAGAAAUUGGGCUUCUCACCUGUGAAACUACUGUAAAUGGGCAUUUGUAUAAGUCAAACUAUAUCACACAUCGACAAACCAACACCAUUUUAGAUGUCAAAAUGAGCAAUCCAGGCCCAGUCAAAGUACUUAGAGGUCAAACUCUGAUCCUCAACUGCACUGCAACCACUCCUGUGAACACAAGAGUACAGAUGACUUGGCAUUACCCUGAUGACGCACAUCAAAGAGCCUCUAUAAGGCGCCGAAUGGAUGUACGCAAUUCUGACACCAUUGUCUUCUACAGUGUUCUUGUGAUUGAUAAAGUGCAAAACAAAGACAGAGGACUUUAUACUUGUCAAGUGAAGAAUGGCCCCAUUUUGAGAUCUGUUAACACCUCAGUGCAGGUCUAUGAUAAAGCAUUCAUCACUGUGAAGCAUCGAGAUCAACAGAUGCUUGAAACUGUGGCUGGCAAACGAUCUUAUCGGCUUGCUAUGAAAGUGAAGGCAUUUCCCUCUCCAGAAGUUGUAUGGCUAAAAGAUGGGUUUCCUACAACUGAGAGAUCUACUCGCUACUUGAUUCGUGGCUACUCAUUAAUUAUCAGAGAUGUAACUGCAGCAGACUCUGGGAAUUAUACAAUCUUCCUGAGCAUAAAGAGGUUCAAUGUUUUUAAAAACCUCACUGCCACUCUGACAGUCAAUGUGAAACCCCAGAUUUAUGAAAAGUCCGUGUCAUCGUUCCCAGACCCAGAGCUCUAUCCACGGGGCAGCAGACAAAUCCUCACUUGUACCGUUUAUGGUAUCCCUCAGCCUGCAAUCAAAUGGUUCUGGCAUCCCUGUAAUCAAAAUCAUUCCAAAGCAAGGCAUUACUCUUGUUCCAAGAAUGAAGAGUCCUUCAUUGUGGAUCCUAACAACAACAUAGGAAACAGAAUUGAGAGUAUCACUCAGCGUGUCGCAAUAAUAGAAGGAAAGAAUAAGACAGCUAGCUCCUUGGUUGUGGCUGACUCUAAAGUUUCUGGAAUCUACAGUUGUAUGGCUUCCAAUAAAGUAGGGGUUGUAGAACGAACCAUAAGAUUUUAUGUCACAGAUGUGCCAAAUGGAUUUCAUAUUAACUUGGAAAAAAUGCCCACGGAAGGAGAGGACCUGAAACUGUCUUGCACAGUUAACAAGUUCUUAUACAAAGACAUUAUUUGGAUUUUGCUCCGAACAGUCAAUAACCGAACAAUGCAUCACAGUAUUAGCAAGCAAAAAAUGGCCGUCACGAAUGAAUACUCCAUUACUCUUAAACUUGUCAUCAAGAAUGUUUCCCUGGAAGAUUCAGGCACCUAUGCCUGCAGAGCCAGGAAUAUAUAUACAGGGGAAGAAACCCUGCAGAAGAAAGAAGUUACAAUUAGAGAUCAGGAAGCUCCCUACCUCCUGCGAAACCUGAGCGAUCUCUUUGUGUCUGUCAGCAGCUCUACCACCUUACGCUGUCAGGCUAAUGGGGUACCCGAGCCUCAGAUAACCUGGUUCAAAAACAACCACCAAAUACAGCAAGAUCCUGGAAUUAUUUUAGGAUCAGGAAACAGAACGCUGUUUAUUGAAAGAGUCACAGAAGAGGAUGAAGGCGUCUAUCACUGCAAAGCCACCAACCUGAAGGGGACUGUGGAGAGUUCGGCAUACCUCAUGGUUCAAGGGGCCUCCGACAAGUCUAACUUGGAGCUGAUCACACUGACAUGUACCUGUGUGGCUGCUACUCUCUUCUGGCUCCUAUUAACUCUCUUUAUACGAAAACUGAAAAGGUCUUCUUCAGAAAUAAAGACUGACUACCUUUCCAUUAUAAUGGACCCAGAAGAAGUUCCCCUGGAUGAACAGUGCCAACGGCUCCCUUAUGAUGCCAGCAAGUGGGAGUUUGCCAGAGAGAGACUCAAACUGGGCAAAUCACUUGGAAGAGGUGCUUUUGGAAAAGUGGUUCAAGCAUCUGCUUUUGGCAUUAAGAAAUCACCCACCUGCCGGACAGUGGCCGUAAAAAUGCUGAAAGAGGGGGCCACAGCCAAUGAGUAUAAAGCUCUGAUGACUGAGCUCAAGAUCCUCACUCACAUUGGCCACCACCUGAAUGUGGUCAAUCUGCUGGGAGCCUGCACCAAACAAGGAGGGCCCCUGAUGGUAAUUGUUGAAUACUGCAAAUAUGGAAAUCUAUCCAACUAUCUCAAGAGCAAACGAGACUUAUUCUUUCUCAACAAGGAUGCAGCAUUACAACUAGAGCCCAAGAAAGAGAAAAUAGAGCCAGAUGGGGAGCAAGUCCAGAAACAAAGACUGGAGAGUGUCACCAGCAGCGAGAGCUUUGCAAGCUCCGGGUUCCAGGAAGAUAAAAGUCUGAGUGAUGUGGAGGAAGAGGAGGACCCUGAUGAUUUCUACAAGCAGCCCAUCACGAUGGAAGAUCUGAUUUCAUACAGUUUCCAAGUGGCCAGAGGCAUGGAGUUUCUGUCUUCCAGAAAGUGCAUUCAUCGUGACCUGGCAGCACGGAAUAUUCUUUUAUCGGAGAAUAAUGUAGUGAAGAUUUGCGACUUUGGCCUGGCCCGGGAUAUUUACAAGAACCCUGACUAUGUGAGAAAAGGAGAUACUCGGCUUCCCUUGAAGUGGAUGGCUCCUGAGUCCAUAUUCGACAAGAUCUACAGUACCAAGAGCGAUGUGUGGUCCUAUGGGGUUCUACUGUGGGAGAUAUUCUCCUUGGGAGGGUCUCCUUACCCAGGAGUGCAGAUGGAUGAGGAUUUCUGUAGCCGCCUCAAGGAUGGCAUGAGGAUGCGAGCACCCGAUUAUGCUACUCCAGAAAUCUAUCAGAUCAUGUUGGACUGUUGGCACAAAGAUCCAAAGGAAAGGCCUCGGUUUGUAGAACUUGUGGAAAAACUAGGCGAUUUACUUCAAGCAAAUGUACAGCAGGAUGGUAAAGACUAUAUUCCACUAAAUGCCAUACUGACAGGAAAUAGUGGGUAUACUUACACAACUCCUGCCUUCUCUGAGGAUUUCUUCAAGGAAGACACGUCAACUCCAAAGUUUAAUUCAGAGAGCUCUGAUAAUAUCAGAUAUGUAAAUGCCUUCAACUUCAUGAACAUGGAAAGAAUAAAAACCUUUGAGGAGCUUUCACCAAAUAUCACCACUAUGCUUGAUGAUUACCGGGCAGAUAGCGGCACUCUACUAGCUUCUCCCUUGCUGAAGCGUUUCACCUGGAUUGAGAGCAAACCCAAGGCCUCAUUCAAGUUUGACCUGAGAGUGACCAGCAAGAGCAAGGAGUCUGGGCUUUCCGACCUCAACAGGCCUUCUUUCUGCCAUUCUAGCUGUGGUCAUAUCCAGAAAGGCAAGCGCAGAUUCACCUAUGACAACUCAGAACUGGAGAAGAUUCCGUGCUGUUCUCCACCCCCAGACUACAAUUCAGUGAUCUUAUAUUCCACCCCACCUGUCUAAAGUGUGAUACAGCAUUAUAUCUAGAACCACUUGUGUAUUUAUACUCCCAGAAAACUAGCAUCUGCCAGUAUUAUUCAUAUAUUCAAUUCACACCUUUCCCUUUCCACAGCAGUAUUUUCUCUUUUUCACUAACAAGAAUGUAACUCCAGAUAAAUCAUGACAAGCGAUGAACACUACUUCCUAGUUCCCACAUGUCUGUGUUUGAGAAAGUCGUUCAAAGCCCAAGGUCUUACCUGCUCCUACUCUCAAGCACUCAGACAGCAGGAUUGUGGGAGGAUAUAGGAUGUACCCCAACCACACUCCGUAGCAUAGACUCCACUAAGCCUAAACCUUUGCCCUAGAACCAGUAGCUCCUCAGCCAUGUCUGAGAGGUCUCUAACAGAUACAGACAUUCAAAGAAAAGGAAUAAGGGGAGAGGAUAAAGGCAAGGAAAAUGUCUAGAGCAGGAGGAAGGAUAUGAGCCUUAGACAUGGGGAGUAGGAGAGGGAUAUAAUAUUAACAGUGUUUCUCCAGUGGCUGCCUCUGACCCAAUACAACCUACAUUUGAGGACUGGGUCCAGGAUCAGACAGGACAAAGGAAUGAAAAAUUUUCUGGCCUCUUAAGAAGCCCAAAAAGAUCUUAUUUUAAAACCUUGGCUGUGGGACUAUAUCUUCACACUUGGCAGUUUUUUUUUAAUUUUGUUUUGUUUUGAAUUCUAGCACUGAAACAAGACUCAGGUAUAAGCCCCAUGUUGGCUUCCUAGCAAGAAACACUGGAACUUACCUUUAGCUAAGUUAGUGUCACAGGGUGACCUUAAACUGAGCAUCUUGUACACUGUGAGAUAACUGGAAUUAGUUUGGUUUGUUAGGGUUAUCUGUGGGCCUCAAAGUCAUUUUCAGACAUAAUGCCAGAAUCUUUUUUGAAUAUACAUGUAUAGUAAAGACACCUAACUAAAUUUCUCAUAUUAGCCUGUAUUAUAAAGAAAGCCAAGCAGAAUGGAAUCACUGUCAUGCAAAGGGAUUUCAGUUAAAUUAGGAAAGAUGGAAUAAAGGAAAAAUAAGACAGAGAGGGGAACUCCAUGUCCACACCAAACUUUCUGAGAUAGUUGAGACUGAGCAAUUUGUAGGAAGCCAAUCAGGUUUCCUUUUCUUGUAAUGGGGAGUCUCUGAUCUCAUGUUAGUCUUCUGGAAUGAAAGGGAAGCACAUCAAUCAAUGUCUUAACAAGCACUUUAUGUUUCUUUGAGAAAAAAAGGUGGUAUAUGAUUUAUGCAAGGUAUGUCAAUAAUUGGGACUCGCGAUAUCAGAUAUGAGCCAUCGUUCAGAAAAAAGUCUCUUCUUAUGCUUUGGAUCAUGCAUUGGAUAUGAGGAUGAUGGAAAAAGGGAGACAGGGUAAAAAAGAUGCUUAAUCUGGACUCUAAAAAUUCACACGCCCUGGAUCCCAGUGGGCUCUACAAUGUACUUUGAGUGUUUGCAUCUUUGAAGCCACUGACAGACAACAUUGAAUUGCUGCUUCUUUCUGUAGAGAAAGUUUAGGCUUCUUCUUCUUUUUUUUUUUUAAUCCAUGUAAUAUAACUAACUCUAAAAUGUGACAGAAGAAUUGUGAGUUCCUAUCCUAUGUGCCUCAUUCUGCAGUUCUCUGUAUGAAGAGAUGGGAGAGUUAGUAAAUCCUAAUGUGAGCGUUCCAGUAUGUGGUGGUGGGAAUUUGUUGGGGGAUAGUCAGGCCUACCUACCAAAAGCCAAGUCCAACCAACCAGGUUAGACCUGGGAAAGAAAAGAUUACUUCUUUAUAUAUG